AUGGAUUUAAAAAGCGCGCAGUGCAUUUGGGACACCCUAAACGAUUUGCACAAAAAUGACAAGCAGGCGUACGAAAAAUUUAUGGACAAGCACAUGGGGAAGAUGACGCAGCAGAAGGCGAUCAAACCCAAGUUCUGCUUCUGCAUCGUGACGGACCUGGAAAAGGUUUCCAUCAAGACAAAGGCCAGUGAACACAAAGAAAAGAUUUGCGAUUACUAUGUGUAUGUAUAUCACAGCAGCAAAAUGAAAGCGCCAACUCUUCCGAAUGGUUUCCCCAACAACAUAGAAGAAGUAAAUUAUGAUGACAUUCCCAUCAGUACGUGUAAAAUAAAAGGAGAAAGCAACAGAGACAUGUACGCAGAGGCUGUUAUCCACUCGGACGUUUAUAAGCAUUUCCACAAUGUAAAUUUAAAAAAAAAAAUUAUUCAAAAAAUAUUAACCAUUUUAAAUGAAUCAGAACAAAUGCUUAGGAGUGAUAUUCGCAUAAAUGGGAACUCCUUCAAAUAUAGCGAAUUGGGAUAUGUCCCAAAGACGAAACAUUUUUUAAACCCGCAUUGUGUGGAUGGCACCUCACACACAGAAGACGCCACAUCGGUGGACGAAAGUGACAUAAAAUUUUACAACAUGUUAAGUCAAAAACAGCUUAAAAGUAAUGAAACAAAAGAGGAUGAGAAAAACGAAAUAAAAAUACACGAUGCGUCCACUAACAUACUGAAUGAUAUACAGUCGGUUAGGACCACCAAACGGGGGAAAAAUGAACAUGGACAACAGGGCCACAUCCCGAGGAAGGUGAAGUCGUAUCACUACACAGUUAUUGACAGAUACCUCCAUAUCAUCGUCACCUUCAACAACAUUUCAUACGAAGAAUUGGAGGUUUUGAAAAAAGGCAACACCGUCGAGAUUUACGUGUCUAGCAGACCAGAUGACUGCAUGACUUUGAGCUUCAAGCAAAACUUAAGCGAUAAUAUCAAAGGUUACUUCAACGAAAAGGGCCUCAAGCUUACCAUCAGUGUGGAGCUCCUGUACUGA